CGUUGCACAAUUGAAGUGUGUGAUUGGCCUUGCUUUCUAUCCCACGAUUGGCUAAUAUUCCAUCCAUUUUGUGUUUCAGCACAGGGAUUGGUCAAUGUAGAAAUCUUCCUGAUUGGUGGAAAUGACGCUUCAAUCGUGGUGAUUCGCCGAACGGACCUUGAUGUGAUUGGCUAAAAAAUUCAGGCAUCGCUUCCUGGGAUUGGCUAGCCCAACGCGGGCGGUGAUUGGUCGACCGUGUCAAAAUGGUUGGUCUGGCACACGCCAAGCUGUUCGUGGUGGCGUCUCGGGCGCUUCAUUGUCCGAUCUGUCACCACCAUGAAGCUUAACAUCGCCAACCCCCACACCGGGACCCAAAAAGUGCUCGAAAUCGACGACGAGCACAAGCUCCGCGCGUUCUACGAAAAGCGCAUGACCCAAGAAGUCGAUGGCGAACACUUGGGCGAAGAAUUCAAGGGCUUCGUCUUCAAGAUUUCUGGCGGGAACGACAAGCAAGGUUUCCCGAUGAAGCAAGGUGUGCUGACCAACGGCCGCGCCCGCCUCCUCUUGAGCAAGGGCAAGUCGUGCUACCGCCCCCGCCGAAAGGGUGAACGCAAGCGCAAGUCUGUGCGCGGGUGCAUCGUCGGGCCCGACCUUUCGGUGCUCAACUUGGUCGUCGUCAAGACCGGCGACAACGAAGUGGCCGGCCUGACCGAUGGCCACAUCCCUCGCCGCUUGGGACCUAAGCGCGCGUCGAACAUCCGCAAGUUGUUCAACUUGACCAAGGAAGACGAUGUCCGCAAGUACGUCAUCCGCCGCAAGUUUGACUCGAAGACUGGCAAGAAGAACGACAAGGCGCCCAAGAUCCAACGCUUGGUGACGCCCCGCACCUUGCACCACAAGGCCCAAAUCGCCGCCAAGAUUGUGGCUCAGCGCGAAAAGGUCAAGCGCGAUGCCGCCGAGUACUCGCGCAUCUACACCCAGCGUGUUAAGGAGCAGAAGGAACGUCGUGCCUCGGAAGUCGCCAAGCGCCGCAGCAGCCGCAAGGCUUCUGAAGUCAAGGCGGCCAAGAACUAAACUCUCGGUUUAGUAUGGCGAUUUCCUGUUUCGUUGGGCGUUGGGGUGGACCGAGUGUCUGGGACAAGUUGCCCGUUCCACUGGAACCACCGCUCAACGCAACCUAAGCUUUGGUUAACAUUGGUGACCUCAAACGAGUUACAUGGUGCUUUCGUUGAUUUUGGAAGCCAUGGACUACCAUGCCAUCCACCGUGGCUGGUUGGAUCUGUCGUGUGGAAUGCGAGGAACGCAUGAAUGUGUCGUCGACGAGUGAGUCGCGAUUGAAACGGGGUUUUGCCACGUUGACUUGAUUACAUGGCCCGAAACGAUCGAGUGGCCAUCUUAGCUGGCAC